GGCCCGAACGGGCGGCGCCGGCGGCCAUGGCGCACCGCUGCCUGCGGCUGUGGAGCCGGGGCGGCUGCUGGCCGCGAGGCCUGCCACUGCUGCUCGUGCCUGGCAGCCGCAUGGGCCCCACAGAGCGGUCCUGCCUCCGCACGCUUUGUCAAUAUGCCACAACCCAGGCAACAACCAGCAGAAAUUCUCUCUUGACAGAUGUAAUUGCUGCUUAUCAAAGAUUCUGUUCUCGACCUCCAAAAGGAUUUGAAAAAUACUUUCCUAAUGGAAAAAAUGGGAAAAAAGCUAGUGAAACUAAAGAAGUUAUGGGAGAAAAAAAAGAAUCAAAGCCGGCUGCUACCCCACGCCCUUCCGGAGGAGGAGGUGGUGGCAGUGGAAAACGAAGUGGCAAGAAAGAUGAUUCUCACUGGUGGUCCAGAUUCCAGAAGGGUGAUUUUCCAUGGGAUGACAAGGAAUUCCGGAUGUACUUUCUCUGGACUGCUCUGUUUUGGGGUGGAGUCAUGUUUUACUUCCUGUUCAAGAGCUCUGGGAGAGAAAUCACAUGGAAGGACUUUGUCAAUAACUAUCUUUCCAAAGGAGUAGUAGACAGACUGGAAGUCGUCAACAAGCGUUUUGUUCGAGUGACUUUUACGCCAGGAAAGACUCCCGUUGAUGGGCAAUACGUCUGGUUUAAUAUUGGCAGUGUAGACACCUUUGAGCGGAAUCUGGAAACUUUACAGCAGGAAUUGGGCAUAGAAGGGGAGAAUCGGGUCCCUGUUGUCUACAUUGCUGAAAGUGAUGGCUCGUUUCUCCUGAGCAUGUUGCCCACAGUGCUCAUCAUCGCUUUCUUACUGUACACCAUACGGAGGGGGCCCGCCGGCAUUGGCCGGACAGGCCGGGGGAUGGGUGGACUCUUCAGUGUUGGAGAAACCACUGCCAAAGUUUUGAAGGAUGAGAUAGAUGUGAAGUUCAAAGAUGUGGCUGGCUGCGAGGAGGCCAAGCUGGAGAUCAUGGAAUUUGUGAAUUUCUUGAAAAACCCAAAGCAGUAUCAAGACCUAGGAGCAAAAAUCCCAAAGGGUGCCAUUCUCACUGGUCCUCCAGGCACCGGGAAAACAUUGCUCGCUAAGGCCACAGCUGGAGAAGCCAAUGUCCCUUUCAUCACUGUCAGUGGAUCUGAGUUUUUGGAGAUGUUUGUUGGUGUGGGUCCAGCUAGAGUCCGAGACUUAUUUGCCCUUGCUCGGAAGAAUGCCCCUUGCAUUCUCUUCAUCGAUGAGAUAGAUGCCGUGGGAAGGAAGAGAGGAAGAGGCAACUUCGGGGGGCAGAGUGAACAGGAGAAUACACUCAACCAGCUGCUGGUGGAGAUGGACGGUUUUAACACAACAACAAAUGUCGUCAUUUUGGCGGGCACCAAUAGACCAGAUAUCCUAGACCCGGCACUGUUGAGGCCAGGGCGCUUCGAUAGGCAAAUAUUUAUUGGUCCACCGGACAUAAAAGGAAGAGCCUCUAUUUUCAAAGUUCACCUCAGGCCACUGAAACUGGACAGCUCCUUGGAAAAGGAGAAGCUUGCAAGAAAACUUGCCUCCUUAACUCCAGGGUUUUCAGGAGCUGAUGUUGCUAAUGUCUGUAAUGAAGCUGCCCUGAUUGCAGCAAGACACCUUUCGGAUUCCAUAAAUCAGAAACACUUUGAACAAGCAAUUGAGCGAGUGAUUGGUGGUUUAGAGAAAAAAACCCAGGUUCUGCAGCCUGAGGAGAAGAAGACCGUGGCGUACCAUGAGGCUGGCCACGCGGUCGCCGGCUGGUAUCUGGAACAUGCAGACCCGCUCUUAAAGGUGUCCAUCAUCCCACGGGGCAAAGGACUAGGUUACGCUCAGUAUUUACCCAAAGAGCAAUACUUAUACACCAAAGAGCAGCUCUUGGACAGGAUGUGCAUGACUCUGGGUGGCCGAGUGUCAGAGGAAAUCUUCUUCGGAAGAAUCACCACUGGCGCUCAAGAUGACUUAAGGAAAGUAACUCAGAGCGCGUAUGCUCAAAUUGUUCAGUUUGGCAUGAACGAAAAGGUUGGGCAAAUCUCCUUUGACCUCCCACGUCAGGGCGAUAUGGUUUUAGAGAAACCUUAUAGUGAAGCCACCGCAAGACUGAUAGAUGAGGAAGUGCGAAUACUUAUUAAUGAUGCUUAUAAAAGAACAGUGGCUCUUCUCACAGAAAAGAAAGCUGAGGUGGAGAAGGUUGCUCUUCUAUUAUUAGAAAAAGAAGUAUUAGAUAAGAAUGACAUGGUUGAACUUUUGGGACCCAGACCGUUUGCAGAAAAAUCUACCUAUGAAGAAUUUGUGGAAGGCACUGGAAGCUUGGAUGAGGAUACUUCACUCCCAGAGGGCCUGAAGGACUGGAACAAAGAACGGGAAAAGGAGAAAGAGGAGCCCCGGGAUGAGAAAAUGGCCAACCAGAUCCAAGGAGGGAGGCCAUUUUAGCGCGUUGUUUUGUGGUCAUCAGGCUUUCUCUGAGAAAUAAGGACACUGUGAGGCUGACCAGAACCGCCUGCUGGCCUGGUUGAGAUGGCGGGAAGAGGAGUGCUUAGUCCUCGGCCUCUGAAGUCCCAGCCAGGUGGCAGGGUGACUUUCCAGAGGCCCAGGAGAAUGUGUCUGUGGGCCGGCUAGGCCCUCAGACGGCGGCUGAGAGCGUGGAGACGGCUCGGCAUCGUGCCCUCCCCCGGCCGUGGCACCAGCUGAUGUGUGCGGGGGACCGACCAUCCGAGGGGGCUUGCCAGUGUGGGGAGGGCGCAGUUUUCUCUUCCCGUCACCCACUCUUCAUUCCUGUUCCCUUCAGAGUUUCCCCUCUGUGGAUGAGCUGUGGAGUCCUGAUAAGAGUAUUUUAAUUUGACUUAAUACUUUAAAGAUUGAAUGCAGAACACAUGUUGCCCUUUUAAUGGAAUGCUUUUCUACGGAGAGCUGUAACAUACCUACAAAUAUGAAUGUAUUAUGUAAAUACGGCUUUACAUCAAAAACAAA